UUACAGGUCACGCUUUCUCAGGGAACAAGGAGGGCUGUGCGAAGUCACGGACAACAUUCCUUAUUCACUCUGUUCUGCUGCUCCUGCCGCUUGGACCGGUGAACCAGCUUCAUCGCAAUCAAACACAUUCAAGAAAUUGCGAUGACGCUGAAGAACAGAAUGGGGACAUGUCUCUGCAUUUUAUAUUUGUCUAUGUCCGCCAACUGCUUAAACUACCAGUCCACAAGGAUACCUAAAAACCACGUGUGCAGCAAGAAUAAGAUAUCACAAGUGGAAGCACUAGAGGGUGACGCAUCAAUGAUAGUGUGUGACCUGUCAAAUGAAAUUUCUACGUCCGAUGCCACCGCUGUCAGAUGGCACAAGGUUUCAAAUGACUCCUCAAGCCAACGGGCUUUAGCAUUCGAAGAACACCGCGUUGUGGAGGAUGGCCACGCCGUGUGGUUUCUACCAAGUCACAGAGAUGAUCAAGGGCUUUACGUCUGCCAUCUGCAAAAUGGAAUUUACUGCAUUAACUUCACAGUGGCUAUUACAGAAAACCACCUUUGCUACAGUGGAAAUAAUCUAUACAGUCUCUUUACUAAAAUUGGAAAGAAUAAACGCUUGUUUUGUUCACAUGACAAUCUUCAGUUAUCAGAAAAUGCAAACUUCACUUGGUACAAGAAUUGUAGUGCCAUAGAUGCGAGGGCAGAGCAGAACAGAGGGAAUGAAUUGACGAUCCACAACGUGACUGUAAAAGAUGCGGGGAAAUACACAUGUGAAGUGCACUUCCACAAGUUUGGCAGAGAUCAUAAAGCAAGCAAAACAUUUAGCCUGCAAGUGACAGAAAUUGUGAUGGGAAAAAAGCCUGAAAUUCUUCAACCUCGAAAGAAUAAUUCCAGAAACGUUUCUCUUGGUCAGGCACUAAACAUAACUUGCAAGGUUAUGUACAACCUUGGCCACGAUUUAUAUCCUCUGGUGUGGUGGACAUCCAAUGGAAUUUUCAUUGAGGACAAUCAAGAAGAAAACGGCCUAAUUGAGAGCAGUUACAGGAAUGUGUCCUCCAAUGAGACGUGUUCUGUCAUUGAAAGGACAUUGACAAUCAGCAAAGUACAGCCCAACCAUCUUGGCUACAUCUUUACUUGCUUUGCACAGAAUGGAGUUGGGAUGAAUUCUGCAAGCGUACGCUUACAGCAACAAUGUUCAAGCACUGGCGUCAGAUCCAAUGCAUCAAAAAAGGGCCUUUACAGAAUUCUUUUUUUUGUGCUGCCCUUCUUCAUACUCUUAUUAUAAAACUAAAUUGUAUUUUUAGCAGAAUGUUUCGGCUAUCUUUGCACUCCUUUCCCCUAUGUAAUUUGAGCACGUAACAUACAGAAACAUGAUUCAUAUACAGUGUAUAUAUUUUUAUUUUUCGAUUUAAAGCUUUCGUGACUGCAGGGAUUCAUCUUCUUGGUUCUUUCGGUAAAGUCACGUAGAAGGGAAGUAAUAAAAUAAUAAAACAUAAUAAAAUAAAAUAAUUCUCACGACGUUUCGGCUACAACGCAAGCAGCCGUCUUCAGGUGAAGAAUGAGACACUGCCAAGCUAGGAGCUUAUAUAUAAGCUGCAUUGGAGAUGGAAGAAGAGCGCCUUAACAAGUGUAUAUAUUGUUUUAAAAAAUAUAAAUAAUUACGUUUUGUGGUGUUAAAUGUGAAGCAUGCGUACCAUAUGCUCGCUGUUGAUUGCAGACAGCCCAUGUAAUAAACAGUCCCUGAAUAUAAUUAGACAUGUUUUAAUAAAGCGCAAUGUAUAUUUACAAAGGGUAUUCAUGAUUUCUGUCUUGUAACUAUGCAAUGUACAACUGUGAAAAUGUAUAUAUUACAAUAUAACAACAUUUUUCAUAUUCAUGUAAUUAAAUGUAUAAAAAAGUGUCAUUGGUAAAAUUAUUUGUCGUAAACCGUAACAAAAAAAUUAUGCAAAUAAAGUGGAAAAUUAUUGU